UGAGCAUGCAAACAUUCAAAAACAAACAUUCAAAAACAAACAACUAAACACAUCGCUGAGCAAAAACACAGACUUCAAUUACCACAAAAGUUUUUCGGUUUUUCUUCAGACUUUUUCCAAUUACAAUUUCCAACUCUGUGCCUACUAUGGAGCCUGAUCCUAUGUAUGAACUACAACAGUCUACAUCUCCAUCUGCUAAAAAACUUACAUGGGGUGAAAUCAUGGAUGCUGAAGACAAUGCGCUGGAGAAUGUAGCACCCUUCUGUUUCUAUAAUCCCUGGAGCACAGAUAAAAUCAACCAGGUAGAGGAGCAGAAAGUGGAGAUGAAGAAUGUAGAGAAGAGGGUAGAGGAGCAGAAGGUAGAGGAGCAGGCCAAAGUCAUGCAGAUGGCUGUUAAACACAAGAAGCUCCAUAAGGAACGUCUCAGCAAGAACACUAAGACAGUAAAACUACUGCUGAGGAACGUUGACUCCAAUGUGGAUGACAGACGGCUACAAGAAGAAUUCCACCCUUUUGGAACUGUCAUCAAUGCAAAGAUCAAUAUGGAGAAUGGCCGCCCCAAAGGCACUGGCUUUGUCACUUUCACAUCUGCUGAUGAAGCCAGAAAUGCCAUCAUUAAGAUGAAUGGCAGAGUUUUAGGAAGCAGGCCACUGUACAUAAGUCCAGUUCAGAGCAAGGAGGUACAUGGAGCAAGGCACAGAGAGAGGAUGGAGAGGAGCCAAAAAGAACCCCAUCCAAAUCCACACCAGGCUCAAAAGUACAUCCAGCUACAGCGUCGCUCUGUUGCACAGGCUAUCAGAUGAAUGGACCUCGAACGUGUUUAAAAUGUUUAUUGGACUUCUACUGUUUUUUGACAAUCACUGAUUUUUACAUUUAUAUCCAAUCAAUUUAACAUUGAUAUUGUGUACAUUUUUUAUAUCAUUUAUAAUUAAUAUAAUUUAU